AAAGAAGAAGAAGCUAUUUCGGUCAGCUGACACUAGAAGUAAUGUGACUCGUUGAACUGGGAAGCUGUUGACGAGAAAGAAAUGGUUAAAUCUUUCCCGUCUUAUUAUUCAGAUAUCUUUAUCAAGGCAAUUUAAACCGGUCAAACACUAUUCUGUAACUGUGAGGAGAUGUUGGAUGGACAGAACUCCAUAGAGGUGCUGGUUAUUCCUGAGAACCAGCACUGUGGUCAGCUUGCAGACAUCCAGAAAGCCGAGCUGUGUCCUGCGGGCUCCCUCCUCUGCUGUCUUGGGGUCUCGGGCCAGCUGUUGGUGUGGGACCCUGGGGAUAGAGAGGCCCCUCCGGCUGCAUCGGACGGCUGCUUUGUAGAUUUCUGCUGGGAGGAGGCGACUACAAGCAUUUUGGGAGUCAGCAGCUUUAAUUUGUUGGCUGUUGGAUCACAGGGUGACCUAACGCUAUUCGAGGCUGAAGCAGAACAAUCCACCCCAGUUUCUUUACUGACUGUGCAAAAGUGUAAUGUAGAUAAUCUGCUGGAAAUUGUCAAAGAGAGCGACAAAAGUGUGUGUGAGCUGGUGUCUGUACAGGUCUUGUCCUUUAUGGCCAACCAGUGCUGUGUACUGGUAAACAGUGACUGGAUUCUGCAGUUGCAGUGGGAACAGGCGUCACAAGAACCAAAGAAGGUCUCCUGCUGCAGAAUCCAGCUAACGACCAGUGACAGACAUACUGCUGUUCACCACUGUGUCUUUGCAGAGACCUUAUUUGUCCUCAGCUCCAGUGGACUCAUUUAUGUGUAUGCCAUUACUGAUGGCUCUCUGCUGGCCAGCAUUGACAUUCCUUCCUACCUGAGCUCUGGUUGGCCGGAUGGCGGCCUGACUUCCUCUUCACUCUCUUCCUCCUCCUUCUGUCUUUUCCAUGUGUCAGCAGAUCUCUGCACAGCUGUAGCUGUAACUCAGUCUCAUGCAGCAGUCACCGUUAACCUUAACCACUACUUCAGAGAACACCCAGAACACCUCCACUGUGUUGGCCCCCAGUCUCCUUCCUCACUUCAGCCCAAGGAUCCAGGAGACCAGGACGCCCUGUCCAGCUCCAGCUCCAGUUUUGCUGCUGUUGGUUCUCCAUUCAGUGAUAACCGUGCCUGGGACACUUGUCUAGCAUCCAUGUAUGCCAGAGCGCAGCAGGCUGCUUAUCCCUCAUCCCCCUCUAAGUCAGCAGGGAUUCCAUGGUUUCACUCGCUCCCCCGCUUGCCGUCCCACCCAGCUGCCAUGUCCUCCCACAGCAGAGUGCCUCCCAGUGGGGCGAUCGUCACCUUCUCUGUCCCUGACUCAUCUACUCCUUCUCUUCUUGCCGUUUCUGAGUUCUCUGCACUUUUGACCUUUGUUGCUCCUGGCAACACACACACAACAGUGGCAUUAUGGGAAAUGGAGUCUGGGAGAAUGAGCUACCAUCAGGCAGAAGGAACGGCUGUGCCGGUGCAGCACAGUGGAGAGAGGCAGCACAGACUGCUGUUGAAGAAGUCAGGUGUGUUCCAGAUCGUGUUUUCCAUGUCCCAGCAGGAUUUAUUAAGCAAGCUGAUGUUGUUUGGCAGUGCAGCAACAGUGGACGCAGUCUGUCACCUUAACAGCUGGGGCCAUUGCUCCAUUCCCUUCCAUGCACUGCAAGCUGGACUGAAAAACCGACAGCUUGACACAGUAGAUUUAUACCUGAAAAGUAAAGAAAAUGUCCUGAACCCAUCAGCAACAGCUGGUUUUUCUGAGCAGUUGGCAAACUCCAAACCGAGUCUCAAGGACAGUGUCCAGGAGUUGUUGCCUGCGUUGGAUUUGUUGUGUUCAGCUGUCAGAGAGCUAAGGAGUGAAGCUCAGAGCCGACAGUUCUCUGAGCAGCUGCUCAACCUCACCAUGAGCUUCAUUAACACACAGCUCCGCUCUGUGCUCCUCUGGUCGCACCAUGAGCAGUCAGAUGUGCAGAGCAAUGUUGAAGUCCUGGGUAAGUAUGUCACAGAGUUGAGGGGUUAUAUGAAGAGAUUCCCCUGGGCUUCAGGUGACUCCACAUCUGAUGCUAGUGCUCCUCUCCAGGGAGCAAAGAGUGAUGAAUGGGAGCAACUUUCAACUGAGGAAGUUAUCCAUCAGUCCAUCCUGACCAAUCAGAUCCCCAGAGCUCAGGCCGUGAUGUGGAGACAGAACCGGCCUGAAAAGCAGCUGGCAGCUCUGAGGAUGGUGGGCCUGCGCCAAGUUUUGCUCUGCCUGCAAUGCAAGGACCUAAAGUCUGCCAAAAAAUUCCUGACCAACAUGGGUCUCAGUGUGAAGAAAGAGCUUCACAACAUCUGCCUUUAUACCAACAACAAAGGUCUCCGGGAAUUGUUGGUAGAGGAUCUGUCAAAGCACAGUUCUCUGACUGAAGAAGAGCUGGAGGGUGUCUCAUUCAUCUGUGAGAUAGAGAAGCUUGGCCUGCUGCCUGCUGUCUCCUGCCCAGCUAAUCCCCUUUCACAACGGUUACCUCAGAUGAUUCAUAAGGAGCUAGAUGGUGAAGAGGUGGUGAAGGAGUUGGUGGGACAGAAUUCAAAGGAGGAAGGAGAACUCUGGAGGAACCUCCGACUGGACUGGGUGAAGACCUGGGAUCAGAGCUGCCAGACGGCUGUUCGCUUAUCCAGGCUGCAGCACAUAGAGCUGAGCUGCUGUGACCCUGCAUUGUUGUGGCAUUACCUGACUGCUUUUCACCACCAUCAGAAGGUGGUUGACUGGAUUCACAAUCAAAGGACCUUCGGCUCCCCCUGUUGGCCUGACAUAACUCCUGAGAUGGUCAACAAUAACACAGUGUGCAGCAUCUUCUUCAAGGAGAACAUCUUGGACCUUCUAGCUAGGAAAGGUGUGUUUAUCCCAGAUGAGAUGUCAGACUUGGAGCAGCUGCUAUGGCGACUAGCUCAGGGUGCUGGGUUGAUGACAUCAUCCCCCCCCGUAUCUCAGUAUUGCUCCCCUCUCGGCCUUAACUUACACAGUGUCUUCAUUGCAUUGUGCCUGGAGCAUAAUCUUCAGUACCUGCUUUAUACCUACCUGGAGCACUACAGACUGACGCCCAGAAACUGCCCCCUCCUUACCGAUCAGAACCUGCUGGGGAGUCAUCCCUGGUUUGAGAUGAUGGUAAAGACCCAGGAGAUAACCAGAGACCUGUCAGAACCAGAACCCGUGUUCCAGGCGAGUCUGACCAGCGCUCAGGUGCUGCUACCUGGCAGCCUGGCCUCUCUGAGCAGCUUACUGUUUGAGGGACACAGCCUGCUGGCACUGGCUUCCAUCAUGUUUGCUCAUGGUGGAAUUGAUAAGGUUGUGGCUCGGGGACAGAGUUCAACAUGUUUGGAGGGGACUGUUGACCCCCAGCUCCUGAAGAUGGCACUGGCCCCUCAUUACAAGCUGAGAGCCGCCCUCUUCCCAUCUGCGAAUGGCUCAUUCUCUGACAUCUUCAUUUAUCACCUUCUCCAGUCACUUCACCCUCUUGACCCAUCCAGGCUAUUUAGUUGGCAGACUGCAAACCCUCUGAACUGCACUGAAACGGCCGAACUGCCUCAUUUUUCUAGCUCUCAUCUGGUUGGCAAGUUCGCUAUAAUAGAAAACCUGGACUUUCUUUACUACAUCCAUCAUGGUCGACCAUCUUUUGCAUAUGGAAACUUUCUUAUCCAGCAGCUGGGGGUCUGCAGUGAUGUGCAGUUGCUACUCCAGAAGGUCUGGCUGCAGGUGUACAGAUUGGCUCUGAAGUGUUUCAAUAAGCCGUCUGUGACAUCGUCUGCUGUAUGUUUCUGUGAGCUGCUGGGAAUCUGCAGCCUGAAGCUGAGAGUCGACAUCAGAGCCUUGAACACCAUCCUUCAGCACUGGAACCAACUCGACAGGCUCACACCAACGCAGAAUCUGCGAACAUUAAUGUCUAAAGCAGUAAAGCUGGUGAAUGGAGAGCCGGGAGCCGCAGCAGAGCUGCUUUGUUACCUGGAGGCUGCAGUGGCAGACAGUCUGGAGCAGAGGGGGAUCAGCAGGUAAGCCUACCUACUAACAUGUUUACAAUUUA